GAUCUCUCCUGAGUGGCAUAAUAUAAUUUGACGUGUGCGCAAUCACAUUAAAGAAAAAAUGUUGGGUUCGAGCUUACAUCAGCUAGGAAACUUUACACAGUUGAUGCCCACUCAAGAUGAGACCACAAAAUCACAACAUGUCUUUACAAUUGCUGUGGAGGGAAACAUAGGCUGUGGGAAGUCCACCUUUCUUCAACAUUUCAAACAGAAUCCAAAAGUUGAGGUGCUACCAGAACCAGUUGACAAAUGGAAGUGUGUCAAAGGAUAUAACAGUCUGGACUUAAUGUACAGGGAUGCGGCACGGUGGAGUUUUGCCUUCCAGUCCUAUGUGACUCUCACCAUGAUGGAACACCACGAAACCAACAAGGAAUCACCUAAAGUCAAGAUGAUUGAACGCUCCAUCUACAGUACCAGACAUUGUUUUAUUGAAAAUCUCCACCAAGGAGGGCUGAUUCCAGACAUUGACUACACUAUCCUGAGUGAGUGGCACGACUGGCUCCACCAGAACCCAACAACAAACAUCGACCUCAUUGUCUACCUGAGAGCAAGUCCACAAAAGUGUUUUGAUCGGAUUCAUAAAAGAAACAGAGACGAAGAGAAGGAUGUCCCAAUCGAGUAUCUCAACUCCCUCCACAAGCUUCAUGAAGAUUGGCUGAUAGAAAAGAAGAAAGGAGAGUUGCCUGCUCCUCUUUUGGUCCUUGAUGCUGAUUUGGGUCUAGUCGAUCUUCAAGCCAAGAUUUCACAAAUGGAAUCAAAGAUACUCAGUGGGAACUUAAGCUGAAGUACAUCCAGUACGGUUAUUAAUUGCUCAGGUAUAAGAUAUACCUACCUCAUAAUGUCCCAUAAUACUGGUACCUCAUAAUGCUGGUGUGAUGG